GUUUUGUUUUUUUUGUUCAGCGUACAACCACCGCGAGUUUCGACGUGGUCAGUCACCAUUCAUCUAAAAAAUCUUCUAAAUAAGUUAGUUUAUUCCUAUGUUGUUUUGAUACCAGGCUCGCAGGAUAACAGAUAUGAUUUCCCUAAAACGAGAGAGGGAAAUUGAGCUGGACGACGAUGAUAACGAAGACGGAGUUGUAAUCAAAAGGGGCCGAGGACAUGCAGUAGAAGACAGAAGAAGUCGCCACUGCCCUUACCUUGACACCAUAAACAGGAGUGUGCUUGAUUUUGAUUUUGAAAAGCUCUGCUCCAUCUCGCUCUCCCACAUUAAUGUUUAUGCUUGCCUCAUCUGUGGGAAAUAUUUUCAAGGCAGAGGUCAGAAGUCUCAUGCAUACACUCACAGUGUCCAGUUUAGCCAUCAUGUGUUCCUCAACCUGCACACACUCAAGUUUUACUGUCUGCCAGAUAACUAUGAGAUCAUUGACUCGUCAUUAGAAGACAUCACGUAUGUGCUGAAGCCAACUUUCACCAAGCAGCACAUUGCUGGACUGGACAAGCAGGGCAAACUGUACAGAGCCUACGAUGGUACAACUUACCUGCCGGGCAUUGUGGGACUUAACAACAUCAAAGCCAAUGAUUAUGCCAAUGUGGUGUUACAGGCUUUUUCCAAUGUGCCUCCUUUGCGAAACUACUUCCUGGAGGAGGAGAACUACAGAGAAAUCCGCAGACCACCGGGAGACAUCAUGUUUCUUCUGGUCCAGAGGUUUGGUGAGCUGAUGCGCAAACUUUGGAACCCGAGAAACUUUAAGGCCCAUGUGUCUCCUCAUGAGAUGCUGCAGGCUGUGGUCCUGUGCAGCAAGAAGACCUUUCAAAUUACCAAACAAGGUGAUGCUGUGGACUUCAUGACAUGGUUCUUGAACGCUCUGCAUGGUGCUCUUGGGGGAACAAAGAAGAAACCAUCUAUAAUCACAAAAGCAUUUCAAGGAUCCAUGAGGAUUUUCUCCAAGAAACUUCCUCACCCAGAUUUGCUACCAGAAGAAAAAGAGGCAUUACUCCUUACGGAGGAGUACCAGGAGCAGAUGUCUGAGUCCACCUUCCUGUUUCUGACCCUUGACCUCCCAACAGCUCCUCUGUACAAGGAUGAGAAGGAACAACUUAUCAUCCCACAGGUCCCUCUAUUUAACAUCCUGGGCAAGUUCAGUGGCACCACAGAAAAGGAAUACAAAACCUACAAAGAGAAUUUCCUCAAAAGAUUCCAGUUGACCAAACUGCCACCGUACCUCAUCUUUUGCAUCAAAAGAUUCACCAAGAACAAUUUCUUUGUGGAAAAAAAUCCAACAAUUGUCAAUUUCCCGAUCACGAACGUGGACCUUUCUGAGUAUCUGACAGAAGAAGCUCAAGCUACAGAGAAGAAUACGACUUAUGACCUUGUUGCAAAUGUGGUGCAUGAUGGGAAACCCACAGAGGGAUCAUACAGGAUACAUGUCCUGCAUCAUGGGACAGGGAAGUGGUACGAGAUGCAGGACCUGCAGGUCAUCGACAUUCUUCCCCAGAUGAUCACGCUGUCAGAGGCUUACAUCCAAAUUUGGAAGAGACAGGAGAGCAGUGACACAAACAGCCACACGGCGGAGUAAGUGCUGCAAUGUAUUUCCCAUCCUGGGUGGCGUUUCGUUUCAUCACAACUCUGGAAAUCAACUCAAAUCUUUAAAUGAUCAGAAGUGCAACAGAACUUUGUUUAAAGCGACACAAAGCCUUGAAAUGCAGAAGUUCUUUUUUUGUGGUUUUAUCUUUUCACCUUGUGGAGUUUUCUAAAUAAACCACCUUGAGGACAAAA